UACUUUUUAAAGUAAAUAAGUAAAUACUGGAAGUAAAAAUAUGACGUACCUAUUAAGUUCCAAAUAGAAAUAAAAUAACUAUUGUUUGGUGAAGUAAGAAAAUGUCAGAUCCUUGGCUGAGCGAUAAUAAGCUUAAAAAUAACGAACAAGACAACGAGCUGAGCAACGAAGCUCCGGAAACAGAAGCAACGACAGCAUCUUUGGAAUUCGAAGAUAAUUUUACAACUAUAUCUUCUGCUUCCGCUAACAACACAAACAACAAUUCUAACGGUACUAAGUCUAAGAAUCAUCAGCCGCUACCGGAUUCCGAUAGUUACUUACGUGGUUUAGAACGUAAACUUGAAAAAAUUAAAAAAGAUUCAAAACUUGUGAAGGCGUUAGCAGAAAAGCGAGAAGAUUGCUUAAGGACUCUGCUGACAGACGAUUUUCCCGCAAGUACACAGAACUAUGACAUAUUAGAAUUGGAUACACCAGUGAGUGGUGCUGAGUCUACAGUGCAAGAGAUUUGCCGACAUAUACAGCCUGUGCAGCCGAUUACGAUUGGCGAAACAGUAAAUAUUGUUAAAUACGAUCAAUUGGAAGACGAAAGCAAGGAAACGGACGGACGAGCAAGUCGUUAAAAACAACAUACCACUAAAAUAUUUAUAGAGGAUUCAGUAUGGACACACAAUUUGGGAAAUUAUUUUUAUUUUUAACGGAUUUGGCUUAUAAGAGCCGCUUGACGAUACCAGUACUGAUUACUUCAGCUUUUCUUGUGCUUGACAUACGUUUGCAAAUAGAAAUCAAUGUACAAACGGGGCAAAUUGCUGAAGUCGAGGAGAGCGAGGAAGAAGAUUUGGACGUACAAGAUGGCUACAGUUCUGAUGAAGAGGACAUUGCUAAUUUAAAUAGUCUCGAUGCAAAUACAACUUCGCAUUGAUGCUUUAAAUUAAUUAUAUUAGUUGGUUCGGAGUCACAGAGAAAAGGAUUUCGUAUUUCGUAAACGAAAUUUAUUAUUGUCAAUUCAAUUGAGUUACGUACAAGUUAAACACAGUAUAAUUAAUAUAAACAUAUAUUUGAAAUUGAAUAUAUAAAAUAUAGUAUAUAUUAAUAAUUACGUGUGAAUUUAAAUAUAUAAAAUAUUUAGCUCCCAU